AUGGCGGCGACGGCCGCUUAUGUCACCAACCUCUUGGCGGAGGCAGAGGCCGCCGUCGGCGCGCACCCCGCCGCGGCCGCCGAGGCCGCCGCGGCCGCUGAGCCGCCGCAGCCCACGCCCGGAAGCGCCAAGGCGAUCGCCGCCGCCGCGGCUGCGGCGCGGGCUUCGCUGGCGAUCGCGGUGGGUGACCACGGGGCCGCGGGAGGCGCGCAGCAUAGUGAGGGCGGCACGGCGGGGGAUGACCCCGCCACGCCCACCCAGGCAGAGCCGAGGUAUGUCAGCGGAGAGGGCCACGCGCAGCCGCAUGGCCCAGGCUCCCACGACGGCCUCACGCACCCCGCGGCGUCGCGGCCGGUGAUAGACGCCCUGCAGGUCAUGCCUGACGAGCAGCGCCGCAUCGAGGCGAUGGCGACGCACGUGGACGCGGCCAAGCGGCGCCAGCAGACCAUCAAGCACCUGCAGGACCUGGAGGUCACCUCCUCGCGCGCCGCGCCUUCGCCCGCGGCAUCGGCAGCGGCAGCGUCCGCGCCGCCGGCCGAUCACCCCGCGGCGCCCGCGCCGCCGCGGCCGGCGGCGCCCCCGGCGCUGCAGGUCCCCCCCAGCCCACAGCAGCCGCACGCGGGCGAGGCCGCCGCGGCCUCGCCCCACCACUCGCCGGCGGGCCGUUUGGCGCCGAGCGCGGCGCAUGCAGCGGCGCCGGCGUCGCCCAAGACGGCCGCGGCCGCGGCCUCCCCCAAGGGCACGGCGUCGACGGGCGGCCGCAACCCCCACACCAAGCGCGCCUACAAGGUGCUGAGCGUCCACGCACUCCUGCACCCCGCGAUGCGGCGCGAGUUCUGGAGCAGCGACCAGUUCGAGGUUACAAAGCGGCUGCACAAGGGCUAUGCGUCCGAGGUUUACAGGGCCACCGACAAGCAGUCUGGCGAGGCGUGCGCUGUCAAGGUGUAUGACGUCACCCAGCUGGGCAAGCUGAACAAGGUGCAGCUGAUCCGUGAGAUCAAGCUUCACGGCAGCUUCGCCCACCGCAACAUCGUGGAGCUGUGGUGCAGCUUCCAGGAGGGCAACCAGGUGGCGCUGGUCCAGAAGUUCUGCGAGCAGGGGGACCUCCUCAAGCUGCUGCACAAGUGCGGCGGACGCAUGAACGAGCGCGCCUCGGUGCAGGUGGGCAGGCCCUCCGUGGGUGAUGACAAGACUUUGGGGGCGGGGUGA